CCCCUGUAAUAGCGCAACAUGGAUUGCCAAAUUCGUGAUAUCAAAAGUUUUGGAUGGAUUCUGGGCACUUGCUGGACCGGAAAUUCGAAUCCGCUAUCCGUGGGCAGGGAUGGAUAUCACACUGCCAGAAAAAGUAGUUUAAUAUAGGAUUUGAAUUCUGUCACAUCCUCGUGGUAAACAAAUUGUGACAGACGGAGAAGAGUUUUUGCUGUGAAUAUGGCCCAUGGCACGCUUGACUCGUCAAAAGACCGUACUUCUGUCUUAGAAGCAGAGGAAAAUAGUCGUGAUGUCUCGGAGAUAGGAGAAGUCAAGAGUCCAGGCAAACCUCCCUGGUGGUCGUACAUCUGGGACUAUGAUCCGGAGCAGACAAAGGAAGAAAAGAAAUUCCUUCGAAAACUUGACACAUUUUUAUUGACAUUACUGUCACUUGGGUAUUUUAUCAAGAAUCUUGACCAAACAAAUAUCGCAAAUGCCUUUGUCAGUGGGAUGAAGGAAGACCUGGCCAUGAAUGGCGAUCAACUAAACCUGGUAGAUACUGCCUGGACAGCCGGCUAUGUUGUUGGUCAAAUACCAUCACAGAUUAUAAUAACAAAGGUCCGACCAUCCAUUUGGAUUCCAUCCUGCGAGCUCAUUUGGACAAUUUUGACGUUUUGCUUGGCUGCCGCAAAAACGUCUGACCAUGUCAUUGCCAUUAGGUUCUUUGUGGGGUUGUUGGAGUCGGUCUUUUACCCUGCCGGACACACCAUUCUGGGAGCUUGGUAUAAACCCUCGGAAUUGGGUAAGAGGGCGGGUAUAUUUCAUGCAUCCUCGGCUGCUGCUGCUAUGUUUUCUGGAUACCUACAGGCCGCAGUCUAUAAAGGACUGAACCACGUAGGAGGUCUGGCGGGCUGGAAAUGGCUGUUUAUCAUGGAUGGGGUGAUUAGUGCUCCGAUUGCCAUCGCAGGAUUUUUCUUGCUUCCCGAUACUCCUGAUAACACUCGUGUCUUUUAUUUAACAGAGAAGGAUCGCACUCUAGCACGAGAUCGAAUGGCAGCAAUUGGUAGAGCACCGCGGACACGACUUGGCCUGUCAGCGUUCAAACGUGUUUUCGGCCGCUGGCACUUGUACCUCUUUACUCUGCUAUAUAUUAUCUUUAUUAACGCCUCGCCGUCAUCGAGCGUCAAUCCAUUUUCGCUGUGGAUGAAGUCGGAACAUUUCUCCGUCUACAAGAUCAAUACCGUUCCUACCGCACAGUCCGCCAUACAACUCGUUACGACUAUUGUCCUAGCUAUUCUCAGCGACCUCUUUCGAAAACGAGCCCCAUUCAUGGCCGUCUCUACUUUCUUUGGCUUCCUAUCCUCCAUCCUACUAGCCGUUUGGGCUAUCCCCGUCGGUCUUAAAUGGUUCGCCUUUCUCAUUCUCCGCGGAGCCGUCCCUUAUGGUCCGUUAUCCAUGGCCUGGGUCAAUGAAAUAUGCGGCGGAGACGCCGAGGAACGUGCGAUUGUACUAGGCAUCAUGAAUGCCGCAGGUUAUGCAUUCAACACGUUCGUUCCUCUCCUUACGUAUCCCCAGAGUCACGCUCCCCGCUUCAAGCGCGGAUUCAUAUAUUCCACGGUAGCGUACGGCUUUGCACAGCCUGCUAUCACGCUAGCCAUUGCCAUAAUGUAUCAUUGGUGGGACAUUCCGAGGAAGGAAAAGGCAAAGAAGAAAGAAGAUGAAGAGGGCGGUGUCAUUCCCAAUAACGGUGCUACGGCCAGCGGUGAGGAGACAGAAGAUGCACGAGAGGGAAUCAUAUCCCGGACAAAAUAGACUUGGGUUUGCAAAUUUUGCAUACAAUUUGUUCAGCUUCGACACGAUUAGAUGCUUCAUGUUCACAUUCUAGAUUAUAUAUCUUACGGACGCCCAUAUCCUUGACCAUACACACAAUACAUAAACAUAUACUUGCUC